AUGAGGGAUACAGAACAACUGUUAUCUUAUAGAUUCACUCAUUUGGGUGAUGGGCAGGAGUUGGUGCUUAUAGUUGUUUAUGCGAGUACUAAUAGAAGUGGGAGAAUAGCUUUAUGGGAGGAUAUAUAUGACAUAUCUUCACACAUCACCAUCCCAUGGCUUAUGGGUGGGGAUUUUAAUGUCAUUACAGAUGACAUUGAGAAAUUUGGGGGUCUUCCUGUACAGUUUGCAGAAACAGAGGAUUUUAGACAAUGUAUAGACAUUUUCCAACUGAUGGAUCUUGGUUUUACUGGAAGUAUGUUCACAUGGUGGAAUGGGAGAUCUGAUGAGGCUUGUAUAUUCAAAAUAUUGGACAGAUGUUUGGGAAAUCAGGCUCUGCAGAACUGUUUUCCUAAUUUGGAGGUAGAGCAUCUCAUUAAACAAGGUUCUGACCACUCUCCUUUGCUGGUAAAUAUGAGAGCAAACAGUAGACCACUCUCCUUUACUGUGGGAAGAGCUCUCUCUAAGUGGAGUAGGGACACUUAUGGUUAUAUCUUCAAGCAAAUUGCAACUCUGGAGGAAGUGGUGCAGGUGCAUGAGCAGGAAUUUGAACAGAAUCCUACAGGGCUUAACAGGGAAAGGCUACAAAGGGUACAAGCUGAUCUGAUCAGGUUUUAUGCUAUUGAAGAAAAAUUUUGGAGACAAAAAGCAGGGAUGCAGUGGUUUCAGGAUGGAGAUAGGAACACAAAAUUCUUUCAUGCUCAUGUCAAUGGAAAGAGAAGGAAGCUGCAAUUACAGAGAAUUCAAUAUCAUACAGGUACAUGGCUGGACACUGAAGAGGAGAUUGCGCAGGAAGCAAUCAGAUUUUUAUUUGACCAAUUCAAAGAGGAAAAUAUUCCUACAGAUUUCUCUAUGCUUGAUAAGAUUCCUAAAAUGGUUAUAGAAGAACAAAAUCAACAGCUCUAUGAAAUGCCAGAUGAAGCAGAGGUGAAAAGAGCAGUUUUUGGUUUAAAUGGAGACAGUGCAGGGGGUCCUGAUGGUUUCACAGGAAGAUUUUUCCAAGCUUGUUGGGAAAUUAUCGCAAAUGACUUGGUGAACAUGCAAUCAGGAUUUGUUAAAGGCAGGAGUAUUGUAGAAAACAUUCUGUUGGCUCAGGAAAUUGUACAUGAUAUUAGGAUUAGAGGAAAACCUGCCAAUGUUGUCAUUAAGCUUGACAUGGCAAAGGCUUAUGACAGGGUAUCAUGGUUAUUUCUAACUAAAGUCCUGAGGAGAAUGGGGUUUGGUGAAUUUACUAUUGAUCUGGUAUUUAGAGUUAUCUCAACUAAUUGGUAUUCCAUUCUGAUUAAUGGGCAACCUCAUGGUUUUUUCAAAUCAUCUAGAGGAGUAAAGCAAGGAGAUCCAUUAUCCCCUACUUUAUUCAUUUUGGCUGCAGAAUGUUUGUCUAGGGCUCUGAAUGCACUGCAUACUGAGGCUGAUUACAAGGAAUAUGGGAUGCCAAAAUGGAGUCCAUAUAGCAUGCCUAUACACCUACUAUCCGCUUGUGACCCUCCUAGUGGUGUACUUGCUCAGAUUCAUAGAUUGUUUGCUAAGUUCUUUUGGAGAAACUCUGUGGGAAACUCAAGUAAGCACUGGGCAACUUGGACAACCUUAUGUCAUCCACAAGAAGAAGGUGGAAUGGGGUUCAGAAGCCUACAAGAUAUAUCUAAAGCCCUCUUUGCUAAACUGUGGUGGAACAUGAGAACCAAACAAUCCUUAUGGAGAACUUUCAUGAGUAAUAAGUACUUAAAGAAGUUUCAUGUUGUGAUAGCCCCUAGCAGAUCAGAUUUUGAGUGUGAUCCCACAAUCAUCUUUGUAAAAGAAACUGCAGAAGUGGGGCAAUGGGAUGAACAGUUGCUAAGAAGAAUCCUUCCUGAGGAUCUAGCAGACCAUAUUGUGCAGCACAUUAAUCCACCAGAUGAAAAUGGCCAAGCAGAUAAGGCUUUCUGGAAGUUAGAUUCGAGGGGGAAAUUCACAGUUGGGUCUGCAUUUUAA